AUGGCGGCAGAAUCACCGAAAGAUCUAAUCCCGCAUUUUCCAAAUGAAAUCAGCGAGGAUAUCUUAGCCCGGCUGCCUGUAAAGUACCUCGUUAGAUUGUCAUGCGUGAGUACAUCGUGGUACGAUCUCAUCAUAUUGUCGUCAAAACAAGGAGGUAUCAACAGCUUCGCUCGGUCCCAUCUCCGCCAGAUUCUGGCCGGAGAACCACCCCGGAGAGUCUGGCUUAAUAACCCCAAUCAUAAAGGAUCCGGUGGUCCUCCCGGAGAACCACCCUGGAGAAUCUGGCUUAAUAAUCCGAAUCAUAAAGGAUCCGAUCCACCCGGACCACAUCGACCCGUCUGCCCUGAUUGUAACAAAAUCCCUGAUUUUGAUGCAGAAGAAAUCGCCGAGGCCGAUCUUCUUCACUGUAACUGUAACGCGGACCUUAAAAUAUACUUGUGGAAUCCUGCCCUGCGACAAUCCAUUCUGUUGCCUCGUAGUAUAGAUUAUGGUUUUCUUACUCUUGCUGUUGGUUUCGGAUAUGAUAGUCGGAGUCAGGAUUAUGUAGUGGCCAAAUAUCAAUCACAUCAAUCACCCUUGGAAGCAAAUCAGGCUACAUAUAAGUUUGAUGUUUAUAGUCUCAAAACUCAUUCAUGGACUACCCUGUUUUCCUCUGUUAUGGAAUCUCCCCGGUAUAAUAAAAACAAUCGGCCUCCUAAUGGAAUUCUUGAUUUCAAUAAUUUUUCACGCGGGAACCGAGCUUGUAUUAUCGACGACGGUUUUUGCUAUUGGAAUCAUGGUUUUGAUCGCGUUCACUAUGUCCAAUUGGGCGGAGAAAAUGAUACAGGCAGCUUCCGGGUUCCCGUCGAUUUUAUUUCUGGAGAUGCUAAUCUGAGAUUAUACAAAGGGUCCCUUGCCUUGUUCGGUAUGACAAGACUCAAACUUGAGCAUGGGCUUUGGACAAUGGAAGGGAAUGAUCAUUCGGCCAAUGUGUGGGUGAAGCAAUUCAGCGUACCUGGAAGCCUAGGUUAUUUUACUCCCGCCAACAGUACGAUUAAUGUCACCCCGGGCGGGAAGAUAUUGGGUUAUGUUCAUAUUCCGCAAAGAUGGUGUACUCAAACCCUUGUUGUUUAUGAUCCAGAGAAUGAGGGCUUGGAGAUCGUGAGGGACGGUGUAAGUCAAUUGGAUACAUACUUUUUAGACGACAAUUAUGUGGAAAGUUUAGUUCCUGUUGUUCCAGCUUCAUACGUUGUUGAUGAAGGCGUCAUAAAUGAUGUUGGUGACGGGAAGAAGCUUAGCAAACCUAAAGCCAAAAAAGCUUGGGACAACUAG